AUGGCGAAACAAAGGUUGACAGCCCUGGAUAUACGCGCGAUAAUCACUCUGUGCAAAAACAUCAUUGUCGGAUGUGUAGUAACGAACAUUUAUAACAUCUCCAACAAAAUUUACGUUUUAAAAUGCUCGAAAAAGGAGCAAAAGUAUUUUUUUUUGGUGGAAGCUGAAAAGAGAAUUCAUAUAACAGAAUGGAAAAGGGAAAAAGAUGUGAUGCCAUCAGCAUUUACUAUGAAGUUAAGAAAACAUUUGAGAUCUAGAAAAAUUACCAACAUAAGCCAACUGGGAGGAGACAGAGUGGUUGACAUUCAAUUUGGAUUCGAUGAUAAAGCAUGCCAUCUCAUUGUGGAGUUAUACAUUGCUGGAAAUAUUAUCCUUACAGACAAUAAUUAUAAAGUAUUAUCCAUUUUGAAGAGCAAUGAUGCUAUCGGAAAAAAAUAUAAUAUUAAUGAUGUGUACAAUGUGGAGGAACACACAUCCAUCUUGCUGCACAAAAAUUUGGAGGUAGUCGAUAUGGAAAAUGUAAAGAAGAGUAUUAAUGAAAUAAUGCUUCUUUAUAACAAUGUCACCCUUGAGGAUGCUUCUUCCAUGUCUAAAGAUGUAGUAGUUGGUGAGGGCGGUAAUAUCUCCAUCUCGCAUGAGUUUCAAAAUAUCUCGGUGGAAGACAAGAAUGUUGGGUUGGCACAAAAUAAAGCGAUUUCUGAUGAACGCGCCAAGGGUGCAGACGAAAAAGCCACAGUCAGCAAAAAGGGGAGUAACAAUAAUAAUGAUGGUAGGACAAGGAAGGGAAUUGUAAAGAAUGGCAUUGAGGAAGAAGUACACCCAGGUAGUGAGGGUAAAGCAAAAAAUAAGGGGAGCAGUAACGCCAAAUUCAAAAGUACCAAACGUGUGCAGGAUAAAACAUCAGGAAAAUUGAACAACAGCUCGAAUAAAAAAAUCAGCACCCCCAUUUGCAGCGAUAAUGAGAAAGGUACAAAGAUGAAGAAACUCAAAACGUUAACUAAUUUAGCUAGCAAACUUAUUGUGUUUGCCCAUAGCGAUCUAAUUGUCCAUUCGUUAAUCGCAUGUGAUGUGAACCCCUCUGAUUCGUUGGAGAAAUACAGCUUGAGUGAAUUGGCACAUAUUCUGUUCAAAGCGAUAAAUGAGGCGCUAUUCGUGCUGAACAGUUUUAGCAGUGAGGGGAGUUGUGUGAAGGGCUACGGUUUUGCUUGUACAGGUGGAGAAAAGGGGAAAAAAGCGGAAAAGAAUAAAACGGAUGGUGUGGGUGACGAAGGGAACAUUGAAGCCAAGCCGAAUGAUGGUAAGGGGGAAGACAAAAGUGGUGAAGAGAUCAUAUUUACAGAGUUCUCCCCAAUCAUUUUGAACAACCAUAAAAAUAAAGUGGAGGAACAAAAACUGCAAGUCGUCCAUUUUGAUGACUUUAAUAAAUGCGUAGACACGUAUUUCAGCAGAAUGGAAUUGUCCAAGUACGACAAGCAGCAGGAAGUGAUUAAGAUUAAAAAAUCUCUUACCAAAAUGGAUAAAAUUAAGUUAGACCAUGAAAGGAGAAUUGAACAGUUAGAGAAGGAGGUUAGUUCGUUGAAGAAAAAAAUUUCGCUAAUUCAAAUGAACGACGAAUUGGUUGAACAAGCCAUACAGUUAAUGCGUGCCGCAGUGGCGACGAAUGCCAAUUGGGAAAAAAUUUGGGAGCAUAUUAAACUUUUUAAGAAGCAGAAUCAUCCUAUAGCACUGCGGAUUAGCUCCGUCAAUUUCAACAAUUGUGAAAUGGAGUUGCUGUUAGAUGACGAGGGGGAAAACGAAGAGGGAAGCGACGACCCUUCUAGUGAAUCAAGCGAAGAACAGUCAAAAGGGAAAGCAUCCAAUAAGGACGCUGCAACAAACGGCAGGAUCGCAGUUACCAUAAAUUUAAACAAUUCUGUGUACGGGAAUGUAGAAGAUUAUCAGAAGCUACGAAAGAAAGCAGAAGAAAAAAUCAGGAAAACAAAAAUAUCCACCAAUUUUGCUGUAAAAAAAGUGGAGAAAAAAAAAAAAAAAGAAAAAGAAAAUAAACAAAAGGGAAAACAUAACAAGACAGUUGGUCAAAUUCAAAAGUUAAGAAAAGUCUAUUGGUUUGAAAAGUUCCAUUGGUUUAUCUCGUCGGAAAAUUAUUUAGUUAUUGCUGGGAGGGAUGCUUUACAAAAUGAAAUAUUGUUUAGAAGGUAUUUUCAAAAGAAUGAUGUUUAUGUACAUGCAGAUAUUCAUGGUGCUUCGACAUGUAUUAUUAAAAAUCCUCAUAAGGAUAUUCCCAUUCCAGAGAAAACUCUGUCCGAGGCUGGCCAGCUAGCUAUUUGUAGAAGUUCUGCUUGGAAUAAUAAAAUUAUUACUUCUGCUUGGUGGGUGCACUACCAUCAAGUUAGUAAAUCGGCUCCAACAGGGGAAUACUUAAAAACGGGGUCCUUUGUAAUCAGGGGGAAGAAGAAUUACUUGCCGCAUGUCAAGCUGGAAAUGGGAUUGUGUAUAAUUUUUCAGGUGGACAAUGUUGUGAUGGACAAUAAUGAAGACGACAAUUUGGAUGACACGGAGAAAAAAUUCGAAAAUGAUUGUGAAAAGAGGAGCAGCGACGUGGAUCACGCAGUUGUGAGGGAUGCCCUUAUGGAUAACCGUAAUGGACAGAAUUGCAUGCAAGCUGGUAAUAAUUACACGGGUCCAACGGAGGGAAGUUUAAUCACUGCGACGGUUCUUACUAAGGGUACACACGCGCAUAAUAGUGGUAGUACGUCGGUCGCAUUUACCUCCUCUUCAACAUCGAACACGUGCUUCAAAUUGCAUGAUGCGCCAGAAAAUAUAAAGGAUGAGAAGUGUGUGAAUAGCAGCGUUAAGCGAAAUGUGGCAUGUAGGGGGCAUUUAAAAAGGUGUGAAAGGAGGAAAACAUUUUUAUACAACUUAUUUGUUCGCUUCUUCCUUCCAGAUAGAAACAGAACAAAUCCGUUGAAUCGUAAUUUUGAGAAAAAGUUCGAUCACAUCUUUCCCCUGUUGGAAAAAUUAGGAAUCGUGUACAGUUACGAUUAUUCUAUUGUGAAAGGGUUGUUAAGAUGGGUGUCUGCUAACUUGUUCUCUGAAGAAUGUAAAUACAGAACAGUCCUUAACUCUUUCAUACGUAAUAGAAAUGGGCAUUUAUUAAAAUGCUGCAACCUGUGCACAGCUGUGAAGAGGACUUACAAAAAAUUGCUAUUCAUAAUCUGCAACGUUUAUAUGUAUUUCUUCCUGGACACUUAUUGCGACGUUUUGAUAAUGCACACAUCCUUGGGGGAUCCAACUUUGGAAAAAGCUUUCCCCAUUUUGCGCCUCUUCUUCAGAAGGUUAAAAGAUGCUGUAACUUUUUUUAUUUCACAUAAAGGGUUUAAACAGAAGGGAAAUAGGACACGUCUCAGAUUAUAUGUAGAAGACAUCCCGGAUAUGAUUUGCAAUGUUACGCAUGAUGGGUCAUUUGGAAGAUUGGGAAGGCAUAUGGAGGUGGGUAGUAAUGGGAUGGAAUUGAAGAAAUUCUUUUCUCCUAACUUUAUGAAGGCAGGGUCGAUUGAACAGCUUGGAAAUAACUGUGUAAAGGAUUAUUUGUGUGAAGGGGAAAAAGGAAAGACCCCCUUCAUUUUUGUCGAGUGCACGGUGUGCGGGGCCCCCCCAGUGACCUUCAAAGAUGAAGACUCAGAUGAUUCCGAGUUGAAUAAGAAGGUAAAGGGGAAACUGCGCGACCACCUAUCCGUAAGUAGCCAUGAUAGGAAGAGAGAGUUUGAAGCAGAGGACGGGAAGGCAAAAAAAGUUGCCUUUUUAAGCGAUGAUGAGGAAGCAAGUCCCACAUUGCUAAGACCCUCGAGAUUGCGCAAGGGUACGGGGUUUGUAAAGAUGGACGUAAGUAAGCUUCUCGAGGAGAUAGAGAAAGAGCACGAGGUGGAAGAAGAAGGGGAAGAAGAGGAUGAAGAGGAAGAGGAGGACGAAGAGGACAACAUUGAGGACGCAAUCGCGCAGAUAGGCACCUCCACCAAAGUUACAAUGUUCGAAGCGGGAAAAAGAAAGGGUCAGAAAAAAAGUGUCUCCUUUACUUCAAAGGAUGAGUCCAUUGGUGAUGCAAAACAACCCUUGUUGAAUGCGCCCAGGCCAGUGAGGUCACGCAAACCCACGGGCUUCGUCAAAAUGGACGUUAGCAAGUUGUUGGAGGAGAUAGAGAAGGAGCAUAGUUUUGAGGAUGAAGGAGACGCAAGUGAAGAGAAUGAGGUGACCCAGGUGACCUCUGUGAGUAAUUCAGAUAUGGACACGAAGGAGGACGGAGAUAAGGGAGACAAGCAGGAAAAGAAAAAUGUAACGUUCUGUGAGAGCUCGCGUAAAUCUAGCACAAGAAAAAAAAGUGUCUCUUUCAGUUCUGAGGAUGAACACAUUUACGUCGAAAGGCAUGAGUCGCUCAACGUGCCGAGGCCGGUUAGGUCGCGAAAGCCCACAGGCUUCGUCAAAAUGGAUGUUAGCAAGUUGUUGGAGGAGAUAGAAAAUGAGGAGAAAUCCGACGAGGCGUGUGCAUCUGGUGCGGGGGAUGUUUCUGGCCAUACAGACGAAACGAGCUCUUCGAAUUAUCAGAGUGGCCUCAACGCAGAGGACGGACAUGAGGAAGAGACACCGAAAGUAAAGUUUUGCGAAGGUGCACUGAGCACUAAUGUGAAGAAAAAAAACGUCUCCUUCAGUUACCAAAAUGUGUAUGUGCAAGGCGAGAAAAAUGAAUCGCUGAAUGUGCCUAGGCCAGUAAGAUCGCGCAAGCCAACAGGCUUCGUCAAAAUGGAUGUUAGCAAGUUGCUGCAGGAGAUCGAUCUUGAGGAGAAGUCUGACGAAGGACAAGAAGACACAGACAAAUUGGAACAGCAAAUGGUAGGGGGCACUGACGUGACCUCAAGUAAUAAGCAAAAGGAGAAGAAAGUUACCUUUACUCCGCAGGAUGGAAAAUCUGUUUCUGUGAAGGACCCAGAGUCGUCGAGCUUUUCCAGACCAGCCAGACCUCGCAAAGCAACUGGUUUUGUGAAAAUGGAUUUGAGCAAGCUGCUCGAGGAUGUGGAAGGGGAAGAGGAGGAGGAAGAAGAAGAAGAGAAUAGCGGAGACGGAAGUAGUGACCUAGGGGUGGCACCAGAGGGGAAGAAAAAUUUCAACGAAAACGAUGAUCAGGAUGAUGAUGACGAUGAGGAUGACGAAGAAGAGGACGACGACGAUGAUGGAGGAAGUUAUGAGGAAAGCGACGAAUCAGAGGAGAGCAGCGAGUCCGACAGCGAUGACCAAACGGACAGGGAUGGAGGGGACAGCGACAGUGAUGCUAGCCAUGAUGGAAACGCACAAUCCAGUGGAAAUAAACGUGGGCAAAAAGGAAAUAAUGAAAAUGGAAGUUAUGUAGACGGAGCAUCGAAUGAAAGUAAUGAAGAGAAAAAAAGUAAAAAUAAUUCAAAUAAGCAAAGUGAAAAUAAGGCCAAAAAAAAUGCCAUAAAGGAACAAAAUGUUUCUGUUAACAACGGAACUGUGAAGGACCAAAAAAAGGAUAAGAGUUGCGUGCACUUGUUGAGAGGAGCAAGAACGAAAAAGAAGCGGAUGAAGAAAAAGUACCGGGAACAGGAUGACGACGACGAGGAAAGGCAGCUGCACAUGAAGAUAAUUGGGGCAAGAAAGAUGAAGCACGAGAUCGAGAAAACAAAAGUGGAGAACGUGGAGAGUAAUGCGGCGGAGAAGGAAAACAAAUAUAAGAGCCCCAAGGAAGUCUCAAUCAAUUUUGAGGAAAUAAAUGAGGAGGAAAUGAAGGACAAAAUGAGCGAAUUAAAGAAAUUGGUGUGCACCCCCAAGGAAGGAGAUAACUUGGUAUUUGCAAUUCCGAUGUGUGCGCCUUAUUCAGCCAUUCAGAAUCAAAAGUACAAGGUGAAACUUGUCCCUGGAAAUGCUAAAAAGGGGAAGGUUGCGGAAUCGUGUAUUUCGUACUUUUUGAAAAUGUCAACUGAAGAAAAGGAAAAGGAGCUCAUCAAAAAUAUAUCGGUGGACGAAUUGGGAAACUGCAUUAUAACAAAUUCGACCCCAGAUUUGAAGGAGUUAAAACCGGCUACGAAGCACAAUUUUGUUCAAAAGGGAAAGGGAAAAAAGGCGAAAUGA